ACACAAACUAUGUAUUUUCAGUACUGGCAGUGGAUAUCGGAACGCAGCCUAUACCAUCUGCCAGAGAAAAAUCUACUUUUAUACUCUAGCUAAGAUUCAAACCACUUGAAGAAAAAAAGUAUUUUUAUAAUACAAAAUCUCUGUUUAGUCCUUGGAAUUAUUGCCAUUUUAGGUGUCAUUAAGCAUUCUCGGAGCUAUACGAACUCAAGACAAGAAAAAAUGAGUAACAUCGAACAAAAAAUUAUCGUCUAGGAAAUAAUAAGGUGAAAAACAUCAUAUGAUGAUCAUUUUUGCAAGAUAAAGAUAAUCGAUGUCAAAAUAAUCGAGGUGAUAUUGCCCAUCCCUCUACUUCAUCGAAUAUGCUGACAAAAAUCUAGGAAUUAGGAUAUCUUAUGAUUUUUAUUAAUAAACAUGAGUACAAAUGUGAACAACCAAAGAACACUCGCUGAAUCAAUUAACGAGAAGUGAAGUAGAAUGCGGAUGAUCGUAGAUGAAUUUGCAAAGUUAGCUGCAACCGCAAUAUAUUUCUCUUAUACGAAAAGGUGACCAUUGAUCACACAUAUCCAUUCGACCGAGAAUUAUGGAUAUAAUAAGCGCCAACGAUGUUCAUGAGUCGCGCGUACCAUUUUCUGCGAACUGCGAGUUCCUACAAAUCUCGUGCAACUGGCGGAUUACUAAUAACAAAGAAUUUUACCAUGCCAUCACCACUGCGCCUUUGCCGCAUUCAUCUAAAAGAAUAAACUGCGAAGACAUAGUUUCCUUGGAUACCUGUAUUUCACUACAAUCGAUGGAUUCUGAAUCAACAGAACCUUGCAUGCUAGACAUUAAAGUGACCAAUUGUCAGAAAAUAGCACGUAUUGCUGUUGUUUCUGAAUCCAAUGUCCUGGAGUUCUUCAAACAAUCAGGAGAAUAUGAAACAACAGUAUUUGCAGAUUUUAUAGAUGAAUUUGAAGAUAAUUCUGUAUAUUUGGCAGAAACAGCUAUACAACCUCCUACUACUGAAGCCAGCAUUAAGUUUACUAGGAUAAAAACUAAAGGCAUGAGGAUGUGGAUAUACGGUAUAAAACUUAUUUUGACAGAUCCAGCGAAAGAAAGAAAAACUGAUGCUUUCAAUUAUGAUGUCAUUCAGACUUUUCUUAGUAAUGUGAAUGGAAAGGCACACAAAGGAGCUGACAUAGCAAAGAAAGUACUCGAAUGUUUCAGUGUACAAGAAAUAACAAGCAACGAACAAUUCUGUCAGAAAAAUCUGGAAACUCUCACUUUAGACUCACUAGCAAAUUCUCUUGAAUGUAAAAAUGGAAUUUUAAGGAGAAAUGAUGAAAAAGAAAGUACAACUAGUGAAGAUGAUCCCAGAAAUUUAGAUAUAAAUGUUAGAACAUAUAUCGAUAACAAAUUUCAUGAUAUGGAAAGGAGAUUGAUGAAAAGAAUAGAUGACAUGGAAGCUAAUACCAAUCAGAAACUGAAUGCCAUUUUGCAAAAGCUUGAAACACAAUUACAUAUUUAAAAUACAUGUUACACUUUUGAAUUUUAAUACUUAUAAUAAAACAUAUUUAUAUAAUGCAAAUAGAAUCAUAUAAAAAUAAUGUAUCUAAUAAUAAUCCAAUAAGGUUUAGAAAUUUGAAACACAAGCAAAAUAAAAUGAUCUGUUUUAUCCUGUCUCUUAAUUG